UUGGUCUUCAACUGUAUUCCUUUAAGUAGCAGAAUAGACAGUAUUAGAAAACAAAGACUCUUUCAGCUAUAGAUGAAGAGAGUACAGCUGUAUUUUCAAACAUUUUUUUAAUCGCAUUGGGAGCAGAAAUAAUGGGACUAGAGUUAAAGAACUUUCCAAGACUUGUUAGUGAAAGAAAAGAAAUAGUAUUCUCUGGACUCAAAACUUUUAAUUAUAAGUUCUGGAACACAUGGAAAUGCAAAUAACAAUGCUCGAUUACUUAUAAACUUAGGUAAGCAUGUUUCGGCAUGAGAGUGCUCAUUAGCUAUUUGUUGAAUACAUUUUGAUAAUGUGUCUCAGCUGUACUUUGGAAUGAGUAAAAGCACUUCAUUUCCUUCCUAUACGUUCCCUGCAUCAAACUGAAAGGCUGUAUCACAUAUUAAUUACUUAAGUUCUAAACAAAAAUCCGUGGUGAGUAAUAAUGCAGCAUAAUGACUAAAGGGCGGCCACAGUGGUGCAGCGGUUAACGUUGACACUUAACAGCAAGAAGCUCUCCGGUUCAACCCUCGGCUGGGGCGCUUUCUGUGCGAAAUCUGCAUGUCCUUCCUGUGGUCGCGUGGGCUUCCUCCAAAGACAUGCUGUAGGUGGAUUGGACACUCUAAAUUGGCCCUAAGCGUGAGUGUGUGCCUUCUGUGAAAGGUUGGCCGCCGGGCUUGCAACUCAACACCCUAGAACUCCACUGGCAAUCGUAAGCGGACAGGUGAUCCGCUGUGGCGACCCCCUAACCGGGAAAAAGCCGAAAGAAAAAGUGCUCAUGAACAAAACAGCAUGCAAGUUUAAAACAAAAUGGGCUAUGUCAGAAGUUUGAUGACCGGUUAAAGAGGAGACGGUUUAAAGAGAGGCCGGAUAACAGAGAGUGUAGUGUUUAUUCCUUCUGUUACACCUCUUUUGCUUAUGGGGCAGCAAUUCAAGAUUCCCUGAUGGUACAUUGCAAGAAGUACAAAACGUGGUGUAAAUACAUUCAAACAGGAAGGAAUCAAAGUUUGCUUAGACAGUGUCUUUCUUCUAAACUUGGCCAAAAAGAGUGAACAAUGGAAAACACAAGUGUGAACCCACACUCAUACAGAUGUAUCAGUGUAUGUCUAAACCAGUCUGGCCAAUCAAACUGCUCUGUUAAUGAAACAGAUGCAGAUUUGCCAAAGAAAGCUGGCCUUGGAGUGCUCCUUGGCCUUUUCACCAUAGUGACUGCCUUAAUGAAUUUGCUUAUUUUCUGUGCUAUCAGGAAGGAGAAGGCACUUCAUACUGUUGGAAAUAUGUACAUUUUAAGCUUAGCAGUGGCAGACUUCAUUAUUGGGACUAUUGUUAUGCCAAUAAGCAUUCUAUAUUUUGUCACAGGAGAGUGGACAUUGGGCCCUAUGGCCUGUAAAUUAUGGCUAUGUGUGGACUAUGUAGCUAGUACAGCAUCAAUAUUUAAUUUAUUUGCACUUUGUGUGGACAGAUAUCGUUCAGUGGUAAAUCCUCUGGGUUAUAUUCCAUUUCGAACUCGUAGAAGGGCAUCUUCUCUAAUUGCUGUAGCAUGGCUUUUAUCAUCAACAUGGAUUAUUCCAAUUUUAAGCUGGCACAGCUUUGCAGAUGUUGUCCCUAACAAUAGCUGUGACUGUGAUACUGAUUUCAGUAACAUCAUGUGGUUCAAGAUCCUUACAGCUACGAUUAACUUUUAUCUUCCUACUGCAUUCAUGAUCUGCUUUUAUAUCAUAAUCUUCCUUUCUGUUAGGAGGCACUGCAAACAUAGAACAGGGGCUAAUGGGUCAGUCAGAUAUGAAUCUGUACAUAAGCAGAAAACACUUUGUUACAUGUGUACAUAUCAGUCAGAAAGUAAAAGUGAAAAAACAGUCCCUAUCGGGCACCUCUCAGAAAAGAAGGCCAGUUUUAGUGAAGACAUGGAUACACUUAACCAAGCAGAGCAAAAUGAUGAAAUGUGCAAAGAAUUCAUUGAGAAAAAUGAUUGUGCUCAAAAUGGAAGAGUGGAUUCUGUAUCAAAUAGCAGUGCUAGUUGGAGUGAUGGGCCUUGCUUCUUUGGAAGUCCAGGUCUAAGUACAUCCCAGUGUAAAGCACGCCAACUUGUGCACAUGCCUAUUUCCCAUCUAAGCACAGUGUUCCAGGAACGUGACUCUGACAGAAACAAUUAUACUGAACAAGUGGCCUCUUAUGACGCUCCCUUGAGAAGCUGCAAUUCAGUGCAGUUGCAGAGCAGAAGCAACAUCUCCACAGACUUCAAACAGCAACAUGAGGCCAUAGCUGUCAGACAUUUACAGAAUGUAAAAAUGAGUCCAGCCUGGGAUACAGAGGAAAGAUGUCUGAUCAAAGGUAACAGUGUUCAUGUAUGUUCUGCAGAUUCAGAGGACAGAGGAGGCUCAACACAUGUCAGCCUGAAAUGGAGUCUGCAUCGACAGAGACAGAGACAGAGAAGCCCUAAAGAACAGAGGUAUAUCUCAUCUAACAAUAAAGUAAUAAACUCUAAUAUUUCAAAUGAGAAAAACUGUCUAAACAGAAGCCAAACCAACAAAUUAUGCCAGGGAAAACUGUAUAGGUCAACUAGAUCCACAAGCUGUCAACAGCAAUAUCUAUCACAAUUGAAUUUAAGGCUCAAAAGAGAGCAAAAGGCAGCCACACAGCUGGGGGUAAUAGUAUUGGUUUAUUUGUUGUGCUGGAUCCCAUAUUUUGUUGUUUUCAUAAAACCUCCUCUGCAUGAUGAGACUGCGGAGGCCAGCAGCAAGUAUUUCAACACAUUUACCGUAUGGCUUGGUUACACUAACUCCAUGCUGAAUCCCUUUAUAUACCCACUGUGCAACAAAACUUUUAGAACAACUAUCAAAAAGAUGCUGAUGCGCAAAACAUUUCAGGCUAGCUAACUACAACACUGCCUUCGUGGAAGAAAGGACUUGCUGACCUCACUGCCUAAUAAAAAUAAAUAUAUGAUAUGAAAUGAAAGUGACUUUUGUUUUUUCGUUGAGUUGUAAGCUUAUUUAAAAACUACUGUUUGAAUGAGAUACCCUGUGAUGUACUUUACUGGGCUACUAUUCUUUUUUAAUUAAACAAAACUGUCAGUGAUCCA